AUGGUUGAGGGUUCGAUUCACCCCGGUGGCGCAAGAUGGGGAUCCACCCCCCGGAUCAAGAGUGGAGAGGAAGAUAGGCCGACCAGUCAAAUGCAACGACCUGAUGGCCCCGGGGCGCCGGAUUUCAUGAUCAACACCGAAGAGGACAUAUUACAAUGGAUGGAGAUCAACACCGAAGCCGUAUUACGGAGGAAUGGAGAAUAUGGGGAAAAGCCAUGUAAUGACUAA